UUUCCGUUUGUUCCCUCAUGACAUGCCUUUUUCAGUUACCACCAUGUCAGCUACACCCAUUUGUUCUCCCAGAGUAGCAAGAGGAAGACCUGAGGAGAGUGCAGAAAUCUCUCUUCCAGGACCAGUGUGUCAGGGGCACCAGGAGGCAUGUAUUCUGUGAAGGACCAGGCCUCCAGGGAGGGAAUGAGAUUUGAAUAAAUCAGUUAGAAAAAGUCUCUUUUGGGUUGAGCAAUAUGUGCUUCACAGAUGCCUGAUCUUGUUUUUCUGGUUUUCAUCAAUCCUAACACACUGAUGUUCAUGGAGAAAGACCAUCCCCUUUUCCUCUUUAAAGGUUCUGUGUACAUUGUAUCCAAUACAUUUGUUCUUUGCUCUCUUAAUUACUCCCUAUUUAUAUCACCAAUACUCUCCUAGUCAAUUUCCUAUUAAAUUGCUUUGUGACAAUUCGCCAAAGCACUGAAACAGCAAAAUGCGUCAAAGCGUUUCUUUUUUCACAACUCUCUUUCUCUCUUGUCCCUGUGAGUAAUUCCUUUCUUUUUUCUUUUCUUUUUUUUCAUAUUGUGAACCUUAACAUAAAUCAUGGGUCAGUUUCUCAAAACCUUAAUCAUGGAGAAAAGCUAUCCACUGAAAGUAUAAUAGUAGAAUUCAUAGAAAAUGACACCUGGUCCACGAUGGUAGGAGAGAUGUUUGAAUUGCAUGACGUUGAAGAUCAGCGUAUUAACCAGAAAACACAUGUGAGAAGGUGUAUAGAAGAUAACCUCUGUGAAAUUAACAAAGAUGAUCAAUGUGGACAGACCUUCAGCGGAAUUCCAAAUCAUUCUAUGCUCAAAAGAAUUCUUAUGGAAGCAUAUCUUUCUGAACGCCUUGAAUGUGGAAAAUCUUUGAUGGAUCAUUCAUUGCUUAAGCAUCAUGUGAGAUCUCACACUGGAUGCAGUGCCUCUUGGUGUAAUGAAUGUGGAGAAGCCUGCAGUUGUCCCUCUUACCUCAGCACUCCUAUGAGAACUGUUACUGGAGACAAGCCCUUUGAGGGAAAGGAAUGUGGCAGAGCCUUUUAUCAUUCCUCAAAGCUCACUAAACAUAUAAUAACUCACAUUGGAGUGAGGCCUUAUGAAUGUAAGAAAUGUGGGAAGACCUUUAGUCAGUCCUCAGAACUUACUGAACAUCUAAAAACUCACAGUGGAGAGAGGCCUUAUGAAUAUAAGGAAUGUGGGAAAGCUUUUUGUGUGUCUAGAAGCCCUACUAGAUAUAUGAUAACUGACAGUGGAGAGAGGCCUUAUGAAUGUAAGGAAUGUGGGAAAGCCUGUGGUCCAUCCUCAAACCCCAACGUACAUAUAAGAACUCAUAGUGGAGAGAGGCCUUAUGAAUGUAAGGAAUGUGGGAAAGCCUUUAGUCAGUUCCGAAACCUCAUUGAACAUAUAAAAGCUCACAGUGGUGAGAGGCCUCAUGAGUGUAAGGAAUGUGGGAAAGCCGUUAGUCGGCCCUCACACCUCGCCAAACAUACAAGAACUCAUAGUGGAGAAAGGUCUUAUGAAUGUAAGGAAUGUGGGAACGUUUUCAGUUGGUCCAGAAACCUCACUAAACAUAUGAAAACUCACAGUGGAGAGAGGCCUUAUGAAUGUAAGGAGUGUGGGAAAGCCUUUAGUUGGUCCUCAAACCUAACUGAACAUGCAAGAAUUCACAGUGGGCAGAGGCCUUAUGAAUGUAAGGAAUGUGGGAAAGCCUUUAGUCACUCCUCAAACCUCACCAAACAUGUAAGAACUCACAGUGGAGAGAGGCCUUAUGAAUGUAAGGAAUGUGGGAAAGCCUUUUGUCAGUCCUCGGACCUCAUUGCACAUAUAACAGUUCACAGUGGAGAGAGGCCUUAUAAAUGUAAGGAAUGUGGGAAAGCUUUUAGACUGUCUGGAAACCUUGCUAGACAUAUGAUAACUCACAGAGGAGGGAGGCCUUAUGAAUGUAAAGAAUGUGGGAAAGCCUUUGGUCAGUCCUCAAACCUCACCGUACAUACAAGAACUCAUAGUGGUGAGAGGCCAUAUGAAUGUAAGGAAUGUGGGAAGACCUUUAGUUGGUCCUCACACCUCACUGAACAUGCAAGAACUCACAGUGGACAGAGGCCUUAUGAAUGUAAGGAAUGUGGGAAAGCCUUUAGUCACUCCUCAAACCUCACCAAACAUAUAAGAAUUCACAGUGGAGAGAGGCCUUAUGAAUGCAAGGAAUGUGGGAAAGCCUUUAGUCAGUCCUCAGACCUCAUUGCACAUAUAACACUUCACAGUGGAGAGAGGCCUUAUAAAUGUAAGGAAUGUGGGAAAGCUUUUAGACUCUCUGGGAACCUUACUAGACAUAUGAUAAUUCACAGUGGAGGGAGGCCUUAUGAAUGUAAGGAAUGUGGGAAAGCCUUUGGUCAGUCCUCAAACCUCACUGUACAUACAAGAACUCAUAGUGGCGAGAGGCCUUAUGAAUGUAAGGAAUGUGGGAAGGCCUUUUGUCAGUCCUCAGACCUCAUUGCACAUAUGAGAAUUCACAGUGGAGAGAGGCCUUAUGAAUGUAAGGAAUGUGGAAAAGCCUUUAGUCACUCCUCAAACCUCACUAAACAUAAAAGAACUCACAGUGGAGAGAGGCCUUUUGAAUGUAAGGAAUGUGGGAAAGCCUUUAGUCGGUCCUCACACCUCACUGAACAUAUAAAAACUCACAGUGGAGAGAGGCCUUAUGAAUGUAUGGAAUGUGGGAAAACUUUUAGUCUGUCUGGAAGCCUCACUAGACAUAUGAUAACUCACGGUGGAGGGAAGCCUUAGGAAGGUAAGGAAUGUAGCAAAACCUUUAGUCGCUCCUCAGAGCUCAUUGCACAUAUGAGAAUUCACAGUGGAGAGAUUCCUUAUGAAUGUAAGGAGUGUGGGAAAGCUUUUAGUCUGUCCAGAAACCUCACUAAAUAUAUGAAAAUCACAGUGGAGGGAGCCAUAUGAAUGUAAGGAAUGUGAGAAAGCCUUUAGUCAGUUAUCAAAGUUCAGUAAACAUGACAAUUCACAGUUUAGAGAGGCUUUAUAAAUGUAAGGAAUCUUUCCAAAUAUGUAAGUUAUUAUGAUGAAAUAACCAAGGGUUAACUGCAGACUUUGAAUUCACCUUCCAAUCUAAGCAUGCACCACCUAAAAAUAAGGCCAAUUUCCUACCAAAAAAACCCAAGAUCUUCCUUGUCCCACACAACAAAUGAAAAAUUUUCCAGUUCUUAAAGUAUCUAUUGUAGUUGUUGGGCUUUUUGAAACUAGGAUCCAAACAAGAUUUCCACAUUGCCUUUUUAUUUUUAGAUCUGCUUAGUCUAUCUUACACAGAACAUUUUCUGCUUGUCUUUUAAAAUGUUAAAAUGUUCAGUAUUCUGAUUCAGUCAAACCUUGACAGCCAGAACCUGUGAAAAUUAGAAUCCUGUCAGAGAAAGAAAAUUCGCUUGGUGUUUAUGAGGUAGGAUUCUUAACAAAGAGUGAGAGAAAAGGGGUAAGCACCCUACCACAGGUGGAAGAUAUUCAAGACCUGGAAAAACAAGGCAGUCUCAUCAAGUUUGAGCACUCACAGGUUCCAUUGUUUGAUCAUGAAUUUGUUUAAUUAGUUUGCAUUCUGUAUUUUUUGUAAGAUAGACAUUGGGUCUAGGACAGUUCUGCCUAAUAGAAGUGUAAUCUGUGUCAAAGUUGUAAUUGGAAAUGUAAAUGAAAUUUAACCCAAUAUACCCCUGUAUUGUCCAUGUAAAAAUUAUAAAUGAAAUUAAAAACUAAACUAGUCAAUAUGAACUUAUUUAUGGAACAUUUUAUAUUUUCUGCUUUUGACUCAGUCUUCCAGAAUCCAGAGGCAGCACAUUUCAUAAAUUUUACUGUUGAAAAAGUAGAUUUACAA